AUGCAACCAAAAAGAUAUGAACGUCCAGCCUCGGUAAAUCUUUCUGAUGUUAGAAAUCUUCGGAGUCGAAGCGAAGGUGGAAGACUUAUUGAAGAAAGACCAAAAGAAGAGACACAAGAAUACAGCUGUAGAAUUCCGAUUCGUGUGGAACGAGUGCCAUUGCAAGAAAGCGUUCGCUCGACAAAUAAUCGUGUCUUUUUUCGAAGUCAACCCCCGCCUCAACAAAAAGUUUUAAACUAUUCGCCUGAACGGAAUCAAUCAAUCCUAGAACGGAAUCAACCCUAUCAAACACCAAAGUUUAAAUCAGAAACAUCUCUUGAAAAAGCAGCUACUCUUCAACAGGAAAAUGAUUCAUUAUGUGUAAAUUUGGGUGAACAUCGAAUUAGACCUGAUCUCAAUCAAUGGGAUCAUCAAAUCCUCACUCAACUUGGCGUAAACGAUUCAAGAAUUCGCUCAAAGAUUCUCACAGAACUGGAAAUUGUGAGAAAAGGGGGACCAUUGAAAGAUGUGCGAAACACUGAGUUUGAUCAGGUAUUAGCAUUUGAGACAGCUCUAACCCCAAGAGAUCUCUCUGUAACUGGCGGUAGAAUGGGAUGUCUUCAAGUAACGAAAGUUGACGGAUCGUGUCUUCCAUUUAAAGAAAAUGAUUGUCUUCUUGAGAUCAAUGGUGUGUCGGGGGAACAGUUUAAAUCAGCGUUGAUGCUCACAAAAUUCAUCAGUGAUGCGGAUGGGCAACCGAUUCGUUUUGUGAUUUUGAGAAGAAAAGAAAAAGAAGACGAUUCGACUAGCCAGACGGACUCCUCAUCCGGGAUUUCCUCAUCUCCUCUUACUCCCGUCGAAAAUGUCGUG